GAUAUUGCUGCGGGAGAGGAGGUUGCAAUUAAGUUGGAAUGUGUGAAAACCAAACAUCCUCAGCUCCACAUCGAGAGUAAAAUCUACAAAAUGAUGCAGGGUGGAGUGGGUAUUCCUACAAUUAAGUGGUGCGGAGCUGAAGGGGACUACAACGUAAUGGUGAUGGAGCUGUUGGGACCGAGUCUUGAAGAUCUCUUCAAUUUUUGUUCAAGGAAGUUUAGUCUCAAGACAGUCCUGCUACUCGCUGACCAGAUGAUUAGUCGAAUUGAAUAUAUUCACUCCAAGAACUUCAUCCACCGAGAUGUGAAGCCAGAUAAUUUCUUAAUGGGUCUGGGGAAGAAAGGCAACCUCGUCUACAUAAUAGACUUUGGCUUAGCAAAGAAGUAUCGAGAUGCCCGAACUCACCAGCAUAUUCCUUAUCGUGAAAAUAAAAACUUGACAGGAACUGCCCGUUAUGCAUCCAUCAACACUCAUCUUGGAAUUGAGCAAUCUCGCAGAGAUGACUUGGAGUCCUUGGGCUAUGUACUGAUGUAUUUUAACCUGGGCUCCCUCCCCUGGCAGGGACUGAAAGCAGCAACAAAGAGGCAGAAAUAUGAACGUAUCAGUGAAAAGAAAAUGUCUACACCCAUUGAGGUUUUGUGUAAAGGAUAUCCCUCUGAAUUUGCCACAUAUUUGAAUUUCUGCCGUUCUUUGCGUUUUGAUGACAAACCAGACUAUUCCUAUCUAAGGCAAUUAUUCAGAAACCUCUUCCACCGACAAGGGUUCUCGUAUGACUAUGUGUUUGACUGGAACAUGCUGAAAUUUGGUGCAAGCAGAGCGGCUGAAGAUGCUGAACGUGAAAGGCGAGAGCGAGAGGAAAGAUUGAGACAUACACGAAACCCAGCGGUGCGUGGGUUACCCUCCACUGCUUCUGGCAGGCUGCGAGGAACGCAAGAUGUAGCUCCUCCUACCCCCCUUACCCCAACUUCACAUGCUGCCAACACCUCUCCUCGGCCAGUGUCUGGUAUGGAACGAGAACGGAAAGUGAGUAUGAGGUUGCAUCGCGGCGCCCCAGUCAAUAUCUCGUCGUCUGACUUAACAGGCCGACAAGAUACCUCUCGCAUGUCAACUUCGCAGAAUAGCAUUCCUUUCGAACACCAUGGCAAGUAGCUGCUCGUCUCCUUUCGUUGGAAGGCAGCACUGGAUUCCUGCUCGGGUAACUACCAGUGUUCUCCAGUCUGCUGUGCACCGAUGAAAAUCAGUUUGCCGUGGAGGGCAGAUAAUGCAUGGCUGAUCUCCUAUGUUACCAGUGGCUUUACUAGCAAAAUACCCUAAACUAGAGCGGAAACAGGACAAUUGGAGUUCUCCACGUGACGUAAAGGGCACUUGGAGGAACACGGACAGACGCCAGCAGCUGCCGUUACAGGACGCUUUUGCCAGAAACCCAGUGACCUUAAGAGAACCCUGUGGGGACAGGGCUGGAGAAGAAGGAUGGUUUACAGGGUUGACCGCCUGUUAGCGGAUGGCCGUUUCAGUUCCCCCUCGGCAGGCGGCAGACUCUACACCGUUUUUAUUAUUCUACUGUAACUAUAAAUCUUUUACUUGGUUUAAGAAAGUUUUUUGUAUCAUUUUGCUAAACCUAUUGGCUUAAUUCUCUGUAAAGAACUCUUGCUUUUGUCUGAUUUAAAAAAUGUAGAAUAUAAACAAGCCUGAACUAAAGACAAUGACUUGAAAUUUCUUGUUUAAAGCAAUUGGUCUGGCAGGGAACAUGUACAUGAAUCAAAACCAUCCGACUUGAGUUAAGCUGUUUACUUAUUUGUACGGGCCUGUUCCGACUGAGACGGUUUUCUCAUGGAAUUUUUAAAAUCGUUAGAAUUUUACUUUGCUGUUUGCUGUCUUCAUUCACACGUAACAUUUAAAUUUCCAUGUAACACAAGGGAAUUGUUAGCGCUCUUUUGUUUUCGUAGAAGAGGAGAACUAAAUACCCUGCGGGAGAGUCCGGGUGGAGUAGAGCCAGU